AACGUGAACCAAUAGAUGGCGAUAAAGCACCAUCACGGUGACGUUUACAGUAGCAAGAAGAAGAAAUCUGCUCGAAUCUUUGCGCAUGCGCAAUUCCGCCUUCGGUGCCGAUGUGGCUCUGGGAGAAAUAGUCCAGUCCACCAGGGGAUGCCAACAACGACGAUGAAAUUUGUCACUGUUGCAGCGUUUUAUUUGCUUUUUUCCGACGCUUUUAUUCUGGCAGACGACGACACCAGACUACCUAGCAAAUGUGAAGUGUGUAAACUGCUUACCGUGGAGCUCCAGGAAGCCCUGCGGGGAAGCGGCCGCUCCAAGGAAGUGCUGGAGGUGGGAGAAGUGCUGGACACUGGCAAGAGAAGAAAAAGCAUCAAGUACAACACCUCGGAGACCCGUCUGAUGGAGGCCAUCGACAACAUAUGUGAGCGCAUCCUCCAUUAUAGCGUUCACGCAGAGCGGCCGGGCAGCCUACGCUACUCAAAGGGUUCCAGCCAGACCAUGAGCACACUGAAGAACCUGGUCCACAAAGGUGUGAAAGUUGAAUUGGGCCUGCCGUACGAGCUGUGGGACGAGCCCUCCGUGGAGGUGACGGAUAUGAAGAAACAGUGCGAGAACAUGUUGGAGCGGUACGAGGAAGUGGUGGAGGUGUGGUACUUCCACCAUCAAGACCAGAAACUGGAGGACUACCUGUGCGAGAGGCAUGUCCUCGGAGCAGGCGAAAGAGAAUGUCUCAAGGAGGUGUGGAAGGGAGAUGUGGCAACCAGCGGAGGCGUAGAGACAAGACUUGCUGACGAACUUUGACCUGCAGAACAGUGAAGUGACGUCGAAACCGCACGUCAGCACGCGUUUUGUGUAGGCUGCGCCCUCUGGUGGAAGGACGACGUGCUUCCUCAAAUAUUUAAUGUCUUUUAACCCCGUUUGCCUCAUGUAUAUAGUAGACACCCACAAAUGCAAAAUGUACAGUUUUUACAUCUGAAAUAAAUUCUUAGAAUAAACAAGAACAUAUUUUUGUUUUUGCGAGAACAAGUUGCAUUCAGUUGGGUUUAUUCUAUUUAUAUUUUAUCCACUUGUGUCACACUGAUUGUACCUGAAAUAGCCACAGGAGGGCGCCACAAGUAAACAUACAGACUAAAG